GCUAUAUUAGAGCUGCUCCCGUUGUCCCCUUCCUGUUUUCCGUCUCGACAUCCUCAUUCUCUACCCACACUCCGCAACACAACAACACUAUCUUUAUAUACUUCCUCAAAAUGCGUUACUCAUCCCUUCUCCCCGUGCUUGCAGCUGGCCUCACUGCCGCCGCUCCAGUCGAGCAGCGUGAUGUUGCCAUAGACUUCAACCCUCCAGGGGGCGAUGUUACCAUCCUCAACUAUGCUCUUACGCUCGAGUAUCUCGAGCGAAAUUUUUAUCAAGAAGGUCUGGCCAACUAUACUCAAGCCGACUUUGUCGCUGCUGGGUUUCCGGAUCCCUUCUAUGCCAACUUGUGUGAGAUCUACUAUGACGAGAAGACUCACGUCUCGUUCCUCGCUGGUGCUCUUGGCACCGCUGCUGUCCAUGAAGCUACAUACUCUUUCCCCUCAACCACCCCUGCUUCGUUCGUUGCUCUCUCCUCCGUCCUCGAGGGGGUGGGUGUUUCUGCCUACCUUGGUGCUGCUGCUGCAAUUGUCGACAAGAGUUACCUUACAGUCGCCGGCUCCAUCCUGACCGUCGAGUCCCGCCACUCCUCCUACAUCCGCGCCGCCCUCAAGGAGUCUCCCUUCCCCAAGCCAUUCGACACCCCCCUCGACUUCAACGACGUCUACUCCCUCGCCGCACAAUUCAUCACUGGCUUCGCCCCCGGCGAUCCCGCCCUUCCAUUCAAGGCCUUCCCAGCCCUCACCCUCCAACCAUCGCAAUACCCAUACACCGCCGGCUCCAGCCCUGUAACCUUCACCCACGCAUACAAGAACGCCCUUGCCGCGAACCUGAUCUCUGGCGACGAGCCAGUGUAUGCUGUCUUCUUCUCUGGUCUUGACACCUACUAUGUCAAGACAUACGUCACCAAAGGAAACAGCGGCGACUUGAAGGUUACGAGCCUUCCCGGCGCGACUGCAACGAUGCUGGCGCCUACUGGACAGGUGUAUGUCGUGCUCAGCACGGCGGAUGGUGUGAGCAGCAAGGUUUCGGAUGAGAAUACCAUCUCAGGUGUUGGUGUUCUCGAGGUUAACCCUGUUGGACAGAGGACUGGUGUCUUUUAAAAGAGACUGUGAUGAGUGGUGCAAAGUGAAAAAGAAAUAGGAAAUAAUGUACAGUACUCGGAUGAAAUGAAAUGGGAUAGUAAUGAUAAUUUGUCACCAUGACUUAUCUUGCCCUUCCUCAUCUGUGACGUGUUUGGUGACUUUCUAUUCGUUGAAUGAAUAACUUCAUGUUGAAAGAUUGUCAUCGUAGUUGGAGGAAUG